AGGCUUCUUAGCAGCCGCCACCGAUUCCCAAUCCGAUAGGAGAAGAAGAGAGCUCGAUUGCGAGGUAGACGAGAUAUGCGACCGGUGGUUGCGAUCAUGAAAAAAAUGGGAGCUUGUUCAAUGGCGUUCGUAACAAAUCUGAAGAUCGAUAAAGAAUGAGCAAGGGAUUUAUGACGGACAUGGGUUACGCUUCAAGCCUUGAUCACUGGCUUCGGAUUUCGGCCCUACUGGUGGAUAUUGCUUUACAUAACAACUACCCAUCUCAAGGUUCAUAUCUGGCAUUCGGCACGGAUGGCUCCCUCUCCUUUGUUGCUUCGAGGAAGUUUUAAGCCGAACCGUGUCGUGACCGAUAUAGGAUGGGUGGCGCCACCUAGAUGUUGGUGUAAGCUUAACGUUGACGGGGCCUCCCAAGGGAACCCUGGGAAAGCCGCAGCAGGAG